AUGCACAAUUCCUUAUCAUGCUUGGACCAAAUUGUUCCCACAGAGGAAAAGAUUGCACUUCACACGUCCAGAGCACUGAGGUAUGACAUGGAGUCAAGGAAAAAGGAUCGCGUCCUCAAAGAAGAAGUGCAACGCUCGACUUUUAUGUGUAUGUACUGUGACGAGGAUCACAAGGCAGCGUCGUGCAGGAAAUAUAGGACACUUCAAGAGCGGACAAAAUACCUAGGGGAACACAAACUAUGCUUCCUCUACGCGUCCUCUCGGCAUAUCACCUCGGCAUGUACAAAGGCGCGGGGUCCACAUCCGAACGACCGAUGUAGAAAGCCGGCAAAAACGCGUGACAUCACACAGGAAUCUUCUGUAGCUCAGUUUAACUCCUUUCGAGACACGGUAACGAAACGGGACACCUACUUACCAAUCGGAGAGAUGGCAGUAAUGGAUAAUACAUCGCGUAGACUAAAGAAGGUAGCAGCACUGAUGGAUUCGGGAGCUGAGUGUUCCUUCAUCGACAGUAAGUUCGCAGAAGAACGGGGCUUACCAGUGUUAGAUAUGGGGGAAGUUGGGAACCAUUCAGAAUUAUUAACCCACGACGUUCUUAUCAGUUCUCUCAAAACUCCAUCAAUAUUGAAUGAAGACGUCCAAUUCUUGAAGUUGUUACAAGUUUCGCUUGGUUUGACAAAGAAGAACGAAACUGUCAGAGCA